AUGUCCGUGCCUUUUUUUAAACGACGGAGUGAGUCCUCUCCGUAAUACAGGAUCUGUGUGCAGCGCUCAUGCCUGCUGUGGUCUCUGGCUCCGGGAGGAUGGACGGUGUGUCGUUGGGACACUGCCUCUCAUGUCUUACCAGUCUGGUGGCCACACCGGCCUCACCACGCCCAAACUGCACCACCACAGACUCGGAGGAGGACACAGUGAAUGGAGGGAUGCACACCUUCAACCAAACGCACAUGAGGAAAGCUUUCCAGCUGAUGAACGACCUGAGGAGUAAAAAGAUGCUGUGUGAUGUCCAGCUGAUUGCAGGAAGCGUUGAAGUGCCAGCUCACAGGGUGGUCCUUGCGUCCUGUAGCCCCUACUUCUGUGCCAUGUUCACAGGUGAUAUGAGUGAGAGCAAGGCUCACCAGGUGGAGAUCAGAGAGGUGGAUGGUCAGACCCUAAGAAAACUGGUGGACUACAUCUACACUGCUGAGAUUGAGGUCACAGAGGACAACGUCCAGGUUCUGCUGCCAGCAGCGAGUCUACUCCAGCUGAUGGAUGUUCGUCAGGUUUGCUGCGAGUUCCUACAGUCUCAGCUUCACCCCACCAACUGUCUGGGCAUCAGAGCCUUUGCUGACCUGCACACAUGCACACAGCUUCUCAACCAGGCCCACGCAUAUGCUGAGCAGCAUUUCACAGAGGUGGUGCAGGGUGAGGAGUUUCUCGGCCUUACUCUGCAGCAAGUGUGCAGCCUCAUCUCCAGUGAUAAACUCACAGUCUCCACAGAGGAGAAGGUGUUUGAGGCUAUGAUAGCUUGGAUCAAGCACGAUAAGCCGGCUCGUCUGGAGUACAUGCCCAAACUGAUGGAGCAUGUCAGACUUCCACUACUGUCCAGGGAUUACCUGGUACAGAUUGUGGAGGAGGAGGCUUUGAUAAAGAACAACAACACCUGUAAAGAUUUUCUUAUAGAGGCAAUGAAGUAUCAUCUGCUGCCAGCAGACCAGCGGCACCUCAUCAAGACUGACAGAACCCGACCAAGAACACCUAUCAGCAUCCCCAAGGUGAUGAUUGUAGUCGGUGGUCAGGCUCCCAAGGCAAUCCGCAGCGUGGAGUGUUAUGACUUCCAGGAAGACCGUUGGUACCAAGUAGCUGACCUUCCUUCAAGACGCUGUCGAGCAGGUGUUGUUUCUAUGGCAGGUCGUGUGUAUGCAGUCGGGGGGUUCAACAGUUCACUGCGAGAGCGGACGGUGGACGUCUAUGAUGGAGUGAGAGACCAGUGGAGUGCGGUAGCGAGUAUGCAGGAGAGACGCAGUACACUGGGAGCUGCUGUGUUGGGGGAUUUACUGUAUGCUGUGGGGGGCUUUAACGGAAGCAUAGGUUUGUCGACAGUAGAAGCCUACAAUUAUAAAACCAAUGAGUGGCUGUAUGUAGCCUCCAUGAACACCCGACGCAGCAGUGUGGGUGUAGGGGUGGUUGAUGGUAAGUUGUAUGCAGUAGGAGGUUACGAUGGAGCAUCCCGUCAGUGUCUCAGUACAGUGGAAGAGUACGACCCUGUUACUGAUCAGUGGUGCUAUGUAGCUGACAUGAGCACACGGCGCAGUGGAGCAGGUGUGGGUGUGUUGGGCGGUCAGCUGUAUGCGGCAGGAGGACACGACGGACCUCUAGUGAGAAAGAGUGUCGAGGUUUACGACCCACAGACCAACACCUGGAGACUGGUCUGUGACAUGAACAUGUGCAGACGAAAUGCAGGUGUCUGUGCCAUUAACGGACUGCUGUAUGUGAUUGGAGGAGACGACGGGUCCUGUAACCUCUCCUCCGUAGAGUUUUACAACCCAGCCACAGACAAGUGGAGCCUCAUUCCCACCAACAUGAGCAACGGACGCAGCUAUGCUGGAGUUGCAGUGAUUGACAAGCCAUUAUGACCGCAUGCAUCCCACAGCAUCAGCUAUGCCUUGGCAGUCAGUUUCAGAGAUAGACUCACGAUGACGUCCGAAGCUCGUCAGUCAAAUAGAGAAGUAACGCCUGCGAUAAACACUGUCCAAAUGGAUGGGACGCUCUCAGAUCCUCAGCUGACACAAUCACAGAUGAAUCUUGGCGAGGGGGAGGGUGGUUUGGCGCUAACCCACAACCUGAUUUUGUUGCUAUCUCCAAGCCAUUUCCUGUACAGCCCUGUGAGAUCCUGACUUUUUAAGGACACUGUCGCACUGGAUAAGAAGCAAUAGCCACAGGAGAGCAGGCUCAUAAGAACUCUGUCUUAGUAAGAUUUUCAAAUGCCAAGCACAUAAGAAGCAGCUGUAUCAGCUGACGUAACGGCUCGCUCAGUUGCUGAUGUUGGAAAGACUCGUUGUCAGGGAGGAACUGACAUCAAUGGGCCAAACAGAAGUGGAGGAAGUGGAGUGAAGUGGUGUAGAUGCUGAAUGGUGUAAAGGUGGACUGCAUCUAACCUAGGGAACUGAAUACUUUACAACACCAGCUGAGACAUCAACUCAAUCAACUGACAGCACAAACCUACUAAAUUUCAGGCCCACUCUGCUCACAGUGUUAAUGGUGUCACUGCAAUAAUCAGGGCAGGCCUGUGAUUGGCUGUUGAAGGAGCAUAAUUCAAAAUUUGCCCUUUUUAAAAAAAAAAAAAAAUAAAAAUAAUGAAUACGAAUCAGCUUAUGGCAACUAUUUGCUUACCUGGAUUAUGAGAAAUGUACCAAGUUGAUUGAUUCCUGUGCUCACUGUCAGCAGCUCCAGCUGUUGAACUAAAUGGAAAACCAGCUUCUGCAGAGAGCUGCUGUGCUGUUAGCAGAGGGCCACAGUUGCCAGAGAGUAUUUGUUCUCAACUGAAAGACGUAGAGAGCUGCAAGACGAUUUAGAGAAUGUUGAAAACAUCUUAUAUGCAAAUUAAGUAUCAUAUUUAAUAUUUUUGAGAUUGUUUUCAAACAGGUUGAAAAGCACUUAUGUGGCUUCAGACCCCAGCCAGUUGAGCUGAUUCUUUGUCAACGCACUACUGAUGCACUGAACACUUGCACUGACUGAAACAGACCGGCGGGCUGGCUGGCCGGCUGACUCACUGAUUGGUCGGUCGGAUUUCUGCCCGUUGUUCUGACUGACCAACUGGAUCACUGACCUGCUGUCAGGCUGUCUCCGUUAUUGAUCUUACUCAUGGGAGCAUUUAAACUCAACACUUAAAGGCCAAUAAUUUCAUCAGAAGUUAUUUUAAAAAAUGUGCCAGUUAUAGUGAUCAGAGUCAGAAUAAUGCUGGAGAUUUUUUUAUUGCUUAGUAACAAACUGAAAUGAUUCAUUAUUUCUGUUCAUUGUCUAAGGGAGUGUGUCAAAAUGCACUGUAGAAAUUCAGCUGUAAAAUGGUAAUGUAAAAGAUUUUUUAUUUAUUGUUUUGGUUCAAUUGAUUACAUAGCAUUUAUUCAUAUCAAAGUGAGGUUCUCAUUUCAUUUUCUCAUCCUAAUAAUGUUAUACACUUGUGCUCUACUCACAAAUGACAGAGGGUAUAUUUUAAAUGUAGUUAUUUAGCUGACUGACCGGUGCCAUAGCUUCGAUUCUAUGAAGAAAAGAGAUUUUUUGAAGCUGUUUGAUGAAAGGUUUUCUCAGACAACCUUUCAUUUCUGUCUACAAUCUUCUAGAAACCAUGGAGAAACUGGACACAACCUGCUGUCAUUUCAAAGCCCUUUGACAAAGAAGUAUAUAAAAUACUUAAAAUCCUG